CUAGUGCAGCUCAGUGUUGUGUGCGGUUGUCUGCUCGCUGUGUUUGCUGUGUUUGCUGUGUUUGCUGCUGGCUCCCCUCUGUCGUCCAUUAGAGCUCGGUACCAUCCCCACUGUACGGCGCAGGCCCGAAGUAGCGCAGCCGCUCUGAGUCACUGUACCGUGGGUCCAACUGUCUAGACCAGGUGGCCGAUAAUGGACGAGCACGUCGUUCACCAGACAGAACACAUGACCACCAUUGAGGCCAGCGCCGUAAGCCAACAGGUACAUGUGGCCACCUUCACUGAAGCGUCCAUGAUGAGCGCUGAGGAAGACUCCACGUCCUCGCCAGACGAUGAUCCUUAUGACGACACGGACAUCCUCAACUCGGCUGGCACUGAUGAGGUCACCGCUCACCUGGCUGCCGCAGGGCCGGUAGGCAUGGCGGCUGCUGCUGCCGUGGCAACUGGGAAGAAAAGAAAGAGGCCUCACAUCUUUGAAUCCAACCCUUCCAUCCGCAAGAGGCAGCAGACCCGUCUGCUCAGGAAACUGCGAGCCACCCUGGAUGAGUACACCACCAGAGUGGGCCAGCAGGCCAUAGUGCUGUGUAUCUCUCCCUCCAAACCCAACCCUGUGUUCAAGGUGUUUGGUGCUGCUCCUCUGGAGAACGUGGUGAGGAAGUACAAAAGCAUGAUGCUGGAGGAUCUGGAGAACGCUCUGGCUGAACACGCCCCCGCUGGUGGAGAGCUGGCCUCAGAGCUGCCCCCCCUCACCAUCGAUGGCAUCCCGGUCUCUGUGGACAAGAUGACCCAGGCCCAGCUGCGAGCGUUCAUCCCAGAGAUGCUGAAGUACUCGACGGGCCGAGGGAAGCCCGGCUGGGGUAAAGAGAGCUGCAAGCCAGUGUGGUGGCCUGAGGACAUCCCUUGGGCCAACGUUCGCAGUGACGUCCGCACAGAGGAGCAGAAACAGAGGGUUUCGUGGACGCAGGCGUUGCGGACCAUCGUUAAGAACUGCUACAAGCAGCACGGCCGUGAGGAUCUGUUGUAUGCUUUUGAAGACCAGGUAACCACGACAACCACCACCCAGCACCACCUGACUGCAGCGCAGAGCAUCGCUCACCUUGUGCCCUCACAAACUGUGGUACAGACCAUCAACAACCCUGAUGGAACAGUCUCGCUCAUCCAGGUUGGCACAGGACACACAGUUGCCACCCUGGCAGAUGCGUCAGAGCUGCCUGGUGUGACUGUGGCUCAGGUCAACUACUCCACUGUGACUGACGGAGAGGUGGAGCAGAACUGGGCCACCCUGCAGGGCGGCGAGAUGACGAUCCAGACCACUCAGGCCUCAGAGGCCACGCAGGCAGUCGCAUCCCUGGCAGAAGCCGCUGUCGCCGCAAGUCACGAAAUGCAGCCCGGAGCCACCGUCACAAUGGCUCUUAACAGUGAGGCAGCAGCCCACGCUGUAGCGACGCUGGCAGAGGCCACUCUACAAGGCGGAGGGCAGAUUGUCCUGGCAGAGACAGCAGCUGCUGUUGGAGCACUGGCAGGGGUUCAAGAUGCCACAGGUCUGGUCCAGAUCCCGGUCAGCAUGUACCAGACCGUAGUGACCAGCCUGGCCCAGGGCAACCGGCCCGUCCAGGUCGCCAUGGCACCUGUCGCCACACGCAUAGAUAACACUGUCACGCUGGACGGCCAGGCAGUGGAGGUGGUGACCCUGGAGCAGUGACAGUUAAGAUCCUGGAAGAAGUAGGAGGCACUGAAUGGUCACCAUGGAGAUUGGUUUAUCCUACUGUUUUCCAACACAUCAUGCUGUGUACAAUGUCAAAUAUAUUUUUAAAUGUACAUCUGCAGGGGAAGUGAAACUGAGUUAUCAAUGUGUUUACUAUGUAAAGAUAUUGCUUUUGUUGGUGUAAUUUUUCUCCCAUUUAGCUUCAUGUUUUUUUUUAGGUCUGUGAUGUUGAGUAUUUAGUAUUUAUUUCUAUUCAAUCAACCUUUACUUCAAACAAAGAUGAACCAAAAAGCCCGGGAGGAAAGCCACCACUGCUUCACCCAGAGUGUGUAACGAUCACUGGUCUGGAUUUUCACUAUCGUCGAUGUGCUUGACUGUUUUGUUCCUAGGAUGCAUUUACAAUUCAGUGCCAUAGUCAGUGAUCACUCCCCCUCUGUUUUCCGUAUCUUCUGUCACUAUUCUGAACUCUUUCCACCUCAACUCAUCGAAAACUCCCCGACACAUUCUCAAAUUAGAUAAUGAAAUAUUACGUUGGAAAACCAUCUUGUCGUGUGCUUUUCCCCUGUGCCGUUUUACUGUAGUCCACGCACAUGCCAAGAUUCGUGAAGACUCAGGAUAUACAACAAAGUGUUUUUUACUGCUGGAUUGCUGAGCUGACUUCCUGAAGCAGCCGUUUUGUCUACCAAAUCCAUUUAUUUACAGCGCAUGGAUAGGGGCACCCCUCGGUAUGUUAUUUUUUUAACAUGAACUUCUUUGUAUGUCACUAAGGACUGGGUGGUCUGCAUCACUUUGUUUAUCACAAGUUGUUAGUCAUACUUGAACAAGAGCUGCAGUAUUUGUGAUGCAAAUAUCAAAAAGGCAUUUCUCUUUAAUCUUGCAACAAAAAUAAUCGCUUGCCAGAAUCAACUUAGUUUGAUGCAGCUGUAACAGUUGGUUCAACCCUCACCACUAUUUAAAAAUAAAGUCCAAUAAAAUGGCUGCUGCUCUCUAUUCAUUCAGCUUCUCUCUUCAUUGUUAGUUCACUCUUCAUCCAAAAGUGUAACCAUCAGUGGAUGCAUAAAUGCUAUUCAGGCUGCCCUCAUAAAGUUGAUGAGGCAACUUUUGGUAACCACUCAAUCAACUUGAAAUUCUUUAAGUCCAGUCAUCUUUUUUCUUGCAAAAAAAAUUCAUAUUUCAACAUGCACUGAUGGCUGAUGAUCACUCGUGGAAUGUAACUCAGUACUAUGGUUGUAUACAAUUUUGAUGCACUUGUACUUGAAUAUUUCCAAUUUAUG